GAGAACACGGAAGCGGCUGUAGUUUCUGCCCCUCAGAAAGGACGCGGGGUUCGUCAGAUCAGAGGGCGCGUUAAUGGCGCUGAUCGGGACGGCGGCGGGUUGGGGGGCGGCGAGGGGAAGGGGCGGCGCGGCGCUGCUGCAGAUCCGCCGCAGAGCUCAAUCCGGGGCGGCUUCUGCUGCAGCGGCGCCGGCUACCGAGACGUCUCCCCGCCUGAAGAGGUUCGCCGUGUACCGGUGGAGCCCGGAUAACCUGGGAGAGAAACCCCGCAUGCAGACCUACGAGAUGGACCUCAACAAAUGCGGCCCGAUGGUUCUCGACGCCUUGAUCAAGAUCAAGAAUGAAAUGGAUUCCACCCUGACUUUCCGCCGGUCCUGCAGAGAAGGCAUUUGUGGCUCGUGUGCCAUGAACAUAAACGGAGGGAACACUCUGGCUUGUACCAAGAGGAUCGACACCGAUCUCAACAAGGUCACCAAGAUCUACCCUCUCCCUCACAUGUAUGUGGUGAAAGAUCUCGUGCCUGACCUGAGCAACUUCUACGCCCAAUACAAAGCUAUCCAGCCGUACCUGAAGAAGAAGGAUGAGUCAAACCAGGGCAAAGAGCAGUAUUUCCAGUCCAUAGAAGAUCGGGAUAAGCUGGACGGGCUCUACGAGUGCAUCCUUUGUGCUUGCUGCAGCACCAGCUGCCCCAGUUACUGGUGGAACGCGGACAAGUACCUUGGCCCAGCCGUGCUCAUGCAGGCCUAUCGCUGGAUGAUCGACUCCCGGGACGAUUACACGGAGGAGCGCUUGGCCCAGCUGCAAGACCCUUUCUCCCUCUACCGCUGCCACACCAUCAUGAAUUGCACGCAGACCUGCCCCAAGGGCCUGAAUCCCGGGAAAGCGAUUGCCGAAAUCAAGAAAAUGAUGGCCACGUACAAAGAGAAGGCGGCCCAUGGCUAGCCGCUUCCUGCCCCCCGCGCACACACACACACUCCGUGUGCACAGCCUGCCUUCCUCCUGAGGGGUGGCGGAGGGCUUUAAUUUAUAGCUGGGUUUUCAGUGGGGGUCACAGACUCCACCUUGCUUGCGUGGACUUGUACAGUGAAACCUGUAAAGACUAAUAAAAAAAAAACAGUU